UGUGUAGAAAAUCUUCUGGUGAUCACCGCGGCAACGGAGGAGACAGACGGCUUCAACCGAUUCAUGAGGACAGCCAGAGAGUUCAACUACACCGUGAAGGUGCUGGGUCUGGGGGAGGAGUGGAAAGGGGGAGACGUGGCCCGGACUGUGGGGGGAGGUCAGAAGGUCCGAUGGCUGAAGAGAGAGCUGCUCAAACACUCGGACAACAAGGACCUGGUGGUCCUCUUCGUGGACAGUUAUGACGUUAUCUUUGCGUCUGGUCCCGAGGAGUUGCUCUCCAAGUUCUCAGGUCUGCGUCACCGAGUGGUUUUCUCCGCUGAGGGGUUCUGCUGGCCCGACCAGAGACUGGCCCCCAAAUACCCCCCGGUGCAUUCUGGGAAACGCUACCUCAACUCAGGAGGCUUCAUCGGCUUUGCCUCAGAUCUCAGUACGUUGGUCCAGCAGUGGAAGUACAAAGACAACGAUGACGACCAGCUCUUCUACACCAAAAUCUACCUGGACAAGACUCAGAGGACCAAGUUCAACAUGACUCUGGACCAUCGCUCCCAAAUCUUCCAGAAUCUCAACGGUGCUGUUGAUGAAGUGGUCCUGAAGUUUGAGAGGGCAAAGGUCAGAGCGAGGAACGUUGCCUACGACACACUUCCUGUCAUUAUCCAUGGCAACGGCCCCACCAAGCUGCAGCUGAACUACCUGGGGAACUAUGUGCCUUCGGCGUGGACGUUUGAGAACGGCUGUGGGAUCUGUGACGACGACCUGCUCCUCUUCAACGACACACCGGAUGAGGAGAUGCCCCUGGUGUACGUCUCGGUGUUCAUUGAACAUGCGACUCCCUUCAUGGACGAGUUCUUGGAGCGACUGACGACCCUCAACUACCCGACCUCCAGGCUCCGCCUCUUCAUCCACAACAACGUGGUGUACCACGAGCGCCACGUCCAGAGGUUCUGGGAUCGCCACCGGGCACUGUUCCCCGACGCUCUGCUGGUCGGACCGGAGGAGAACCUGCCGGAGAACAAGGCCAGAGCCAUGGCUGUAGAGGUGUGUAAGAAGGAUCCAGGCUGUGACUACUACUUCAGCAUAGACUCUGACGUGGCCCUGACCAACCCCGACACUCUGAGGAUCCUCAUCGAGGAGAACAAGGCGGUGAUAGCACCCAUGUUGUCCCGACACGGGAAGCUGUGGAGUAACUUCUGGGGCGCUCUGAGUCCAGAAGGAUUUUACUCCAGAUCUGAGGACUACAUCGAGAUCGUCCAGGCCAAGAGGAUCGGCCUGUGGAACGUGCCCUACAUCACCCAGGCCUACCUGAUCAAAGGCAGCGUGCUGCGGUCCAAACUGUCCCAGUCCAGCCUGUUUGUGGACGAGACCAUGGACUCCGACAUGGCGUUCUGCAGGAGCAUCAGAGACCAGGGCGUCUUCAUGUUCGUGUCCAACCGCGAUGAGUUUGGCCGUCUGGUGGCGUCGUCCAACUUCAACACAUCCAGGCUCCACCCGGACAUGUGGCAGAUCUUUGACAACCCUGUGGACUGGAAGGAGAAGUACAUCAGCGAGAACUACUCCAAGAUCUUUGAAGACGAGAAGAGAUUCGUGGAGCAGCCCUGUCCAGAUGUGUACUGGUUCCCGGCCUUCUCUGAGAAGAUGUGUGAUCAUCUGGUGGAGACCAUGGAGCAUCACGGAGAGUGGUCCGGGGGGACCAACAAGGACGAGCGUCUGGCCGGGGGCUAUGAGAACGUGCCCACCGUAGACAUCCACAUGGUCCAGAUUGGCUUUGAGAAGGAGUGGCUCAAGUUCCUCAAAGAGUACAUCGUCCCGUCGGCCCAGACUCUACCCGGCUACUACCCAAAGGCCCAGGCCAUCAUGAACUUUGUGGUGCGUUACCGUCCUGAUGAGCAGCCGUCUCUGCGGCCGCAUCACGACUCCUCCACCUUCACCAUCAACAUCGCCCUCAACAGCAAGGGGGUCGACUACGAGGGGGGGGGCUGCAGGUUCCUGCGGUAUAACUGCCAGGUGGAGUCCCCCAGGAAGGGCUGGUCCUUCAUGCACCCGGGCCGCCUGACCCACUACCACGAGGGCCUGCCCACCACCAGAGGGACCCGCUACAUCAUGGUCUCCUUCGUAGACCCGUAACCGUGGAGACACGCUGCCUGGUCCCCCCUCACACACACACACACACGGGAACAUCUGGUCGUCCUCUUCAUCGCUGACGCAGACAGACAGGACGGAGGAAUGGACGGGAUGAACCUGAACGCAUCGUCUCAGUUUCCCAACCAGAGGAGCCUGAGAGGCCCUUUCAGAAUAAGAGUCUCUUCAUUAUUAUUCAUUUAGUCACCUCAGACGACAAGCAGCACAGGCCCUUUCAGAAUAAGAGUCUCUUCAUUAUUAUUCAUUUAGUCACCUCAGACAACAAGCAGCAUGGGCCCUUUCAGAAUAAGAGUCUCUUCAUUAUUAUUCAUUUAGUCACCUCAGACAACAAGCAGCAUGGGCCCUUUCAGAAUAAGAGUCUCUUCAUUAUUAUUCAUUUAGUCACCUCAGACAACAAGCAGCACGGGCCCUUUCAGAAUAAGAGUCUCUUCAUUAUUAUUCAUUUAGUCACCUCAGACAACAAGCAGCAUGGGUCCUUUCAGAAUAAGAGUCUCUUCAUUAUUAUUAAUUUAGUAACCUCAGACAACAAGCAGCAUGGGCCCUUUCAAAGUAAGAGUCUCCGUGCUGCCUUUUCUAAUUACACUACCUAGAUCUAUGCAAGCAGAACAAGGUGUGUGUGUGUGUGUGUGUGUGUGUGUGUGUGUGUGUGUGUGUCUGUGUGUGUGUCUGUGUGUGUGUGUGUGUGUGUGUGUGUGUGUGUGUGUGUGUUACACUCCAUCUUCCUGAAUGUUCUGUGUGAAGUUUUUUCAGCUGAAAACAGGAAACUAUAAAGAUCAGGAGAAAUAUAAGUGCAAGAAAAAGAACCAUUUUUUUUUUUUAGAAGAGUGUAAAUCCAGUGUGGAGACCCUACAUCUAUCUUAAAGUGUUACUGUUACUAGGACAACCGAAGGGCUGAUGUCAUAUGUUCAUAUGUCUUCCAUCCAUCCAUGUGUCUCUUAGUGUUUCCUCCGUGGCGGUCAGAGGUCUCCACCCUCCGACUCCACCGUCUCUGGCUUUGUACAAACUGCCUUAAAUUAUUGUUAAUGAUUGAGCCAAUAAAGUUUUGAGAUUUUAAUACAUAA